GUCAAGACGGCAGCAAAGAGACUCUGCACCAUCUAGCAUCCUCAGCCAUCGCACCUGACGGCAAGAUCGUGGCAGCCAGCGAGAUGACAGGCACACGCUUGUUCGAUGUGAACGUGGAGCAACUUCAGGUCCGCCGCACGUCGCUGCCCACGGAGAUCAGCAGCUGUCCGAUGCGCGCCAUGUGCUUCGCGGGGCGCAUGCUGGUGAUGGCCACGUGGCACGACCAUCGCAUCUUACUGCUGGAUUGCAAGGACCAGACCAUCAUCACAACCUUUGAGGAGCACCAAGCCCCAGUGACUCACCUCGUCGCUGGCGGCGCGGACCACGCGGAGUGGCUCCUCUCGGGCGACGUGGCGGGGGCCGUGAAGAUCUGGGACCUUGAUGCGCUGGCCUUGCACUGCUCCGUGCCCACGGGCGAGGAGACGGUCACCGCCUUGGCUUUCGACGCAAGUGGCCGGAAGGCACUGCUGGUCAAUGCCCAGCACCAGCUGAACGUUUUCGACAUUGAAUCCCAAUCCUUAGAACAGCAGCUGAAGAUCCCGCCGCGCUAUCUGCCGCCGCAUGCCCGCGUCUGUGGUGUUUGCUCCAUCGGUGCUUCAAAGCUGCUACUGUGGGGCCACGGCUUCCUACUGGCGGCCUACCUCGACAAAGACAGCCCUCGCUGGCAGACGUGGCCGGAGCGCUUCAUUUUGGGCUUGGCAGCCCUGUCAGGACCAUGGCUACACCCAACGAAGAGCACCAAAGGUUCGUGCCCGCAGAAAUCCACCGACACCGUGGCGAUUGCUGUGCAGGUCUCGGAGGCGGAGACGCGAGAGCUGCUUCCGGAACCCUUCGAGCGCAAGAAGUACGGCAGGAAGCGCAAAGCCGGGAGCUGAAAAGAGCGCAGCUCUGCCGAUCCGGCUGACCACCAGGUUAAGCCCUCGCGGAGGUUGACUGGGUCACAACUGUUAUG